UGACGACCACUGAUGACGUUCAAUGAGUUCAAUCGUUGUCAAUCGCAGGACGAAUUUCAGUGCAUUUAGAGUGUAUGAGAAGUGUGUUCCGGAUCGAAUAUUCUUCCGCAGUUCACCCAUGUGAUGCGAGAAAAUAUUUCACUGUAAUUUUUUUUUUUUUUUUUUAAUACCGGCGAACGCGAGCGCGUAGAAUGAGUAAGAUGAAAAUUCAGAGUGACGCCUAGGCCAAGUGCUUCCUCUUUCCUCAAAUUUCUUAUGAGAAUAUACAAUUGGGAAUAACAGUGACAAUAAACUUUCGUACGCACGAUGACCACAUUAAGCGGGUUUAUAGAAUUCUUCCAAAAAGGCAAGACAUUUAGACCUAAGAAAAAAUUUGCUCAUGGAACAUUGCGUUACUCCUUAUACAAACAAGCUCAAGCUUCUCUCAAUUCUGGAAUCAAUCUGAGAUCUGCUGUCAAAUUACCUCCUGGAGAAGAUCUGAACGAUUGGAUCGCUGUUCACGUUGUGGACUUUUUUAAUAGAAUAAAUCUUAUAUAUGGUACUGUGUCCGAGUACUGCGAUUCGGCAUCUUGUCCAACAAUGAGUGGUGGAGCACGUUUUGAAUAUUUAUGGGCAGAUGGUGAAAAAUAUAAAAAGCCAACAGCAUUACCAGCGCCACAAUACGUUGCUCUUCUUAUGGAUUGGAUUGAAGCUCAAAUAAAUAACGAAACCGUUUUUCCAGUGUCAACAGAUGUGCCAUUUCCGAAGACAUUUAUACCACUGUGUAGAAAAAUUUUGACACGUCUCUUUAGAGUUUUUGUCCAUGUAUAUAUCCAUCAUUUUGAUCGUAUUGUAGCAAUAGGAGCAGAAGCACAUGUAAACACAUGUUACAAGCAUUUCUACUAUUUUGUAACAGAAUUUGAUUUAAUUAAUCCCAAGGAAUUAGAACCAUUAGCUGAAAUGACUGCCAAAGUGUGUAAGGAUAGUGUGCCUCCUACUCAAACCACAACACCAUCAAGCAAUCAAGGCAGAUAGUUAUUUUAUAGCCAUAUUUGUCUAAUAUUACAAUUUAUAGAAAAAUAACAUAACUUCCAGAGUAACAAAUUGUAGAAGAAAUCACUCGUUUCAUACGCGGAUAUAAUACAAUUUGUAAUCUUUUACUAUAAUAAUAUGCCACUAUAAUAAAUAAUAUGCCACUUUUUUAAAGAUAAUAAUUUACGUAAAAGAUAUUAGUAACGUUACAAAAAUAUACCUUAUGCACAUUGUCUUACUGCAAAAAAUUAUCAUAACGCAUUAUAAUACACUUACAAAAUUUUUAUUCCAGUAUAUCAUAAUGCUCUUAAAAUAUAGUUAUAGGUGCAAUAUUUGUAAUUUAUCAUAUGUUAUUUAUGUUAAUUAUUUCCAAAAUUGAAACAAAUAUCUAUUGAAUAUUUAUAUUAUUAUAUCAUUUCGAAAAAAGUUAAACAUUUUAUUUCUUCUAACUCUUGCAUCAUAAGACAUUGCAUUAAACUGUACAAUAUAACAAUGUAUCUAAUUUUGAUUAACAAUUUUUUCUUGUCAUUUUCCCUGUAGAUCUUAUUUGGAUUACCAAUUGUGUACAAAAAUAUUCUUUUUUAUGAAAUAUAAUAUUACAAAUAUUAAUUUGUAAUAAAAUAUAAUUAAAUAAUGAAAAAUUUAAUAAAAAAUGAAUUUCUUUAACGUAAUUAAUAAUUCAAGCAUUUAUUUACUUUGAAAACUAUAUAAAUGGAAUAUAAAGAUCUGGUGCAGUAUAUAUAAAAUUAAUAAAAUUAAAGGAAUAUUAAUAUUCAUUUUCUACUACUAGAUUAAAAAUGUUUUAAAUAUUUUAGACGCAAGAACCUUCGAGAAGUGAAUAAGAUCAAAUUGCUCUAAUUCUUUAUAUAUUUCUAAAAUAUUUUCUUUAUGGCUUAAAAUAUACGUUUAAAUAUACGUUUUAACUCUUAACAUUUUUAUUUCAAGACUAUUUACAUGAUAGAAUUUAAUCCUCCCUUAUUCUUGACAAAGUGUUAAUGUAGAAAUAACUAAUAAAAAUAUAAUUUUUCUUAAUAAUCUGCAUAAUUAUAUAUGUAUAAAAAAAAGAUCAAUUUCAUAUUUACACAUUUUCUCAUCCACGCCAAAGAUUAUUAUGCUGUGUGUAAUGAAUUGUAAUUAACUUUUUUAUAUUAUACAUUUAUAGCGAUGACUGUAAAUAUUAUGUAAUUUUAUGAUUUAACUCUUAAGUAUAGACAUGUAGUUUGUCGAAAUUGAUUGUUAUAUUUUUAAAUGUUUUUUUAAUAUAGUGUUAAUAGUGUGUUUAAUAUUUUGUACAUGUUAAUAUCUUUCUAUAUUUGCUAAAUAUGUAAUAAGCAAUUCAGUUAAUGAAUAGAUUAAAAAAACUUUACUAAUAGUUUAUUGAACCAUUACUGAAAUUUAUAUCUUGCAUAUGCAUGUACGCCUGUGUACACGUAAGAUUAAAAAUUUAUUUUAAAUAUAUUUUAAAUUAUCAUAAAAUAUGUUCAUAUAUUAUGAUAAGUACAAUUUAAAUACAAUCCGAACAAAUACAAAUAUUGAUUGAAAUAUUCUGCGACCUUUGAAUCUAUUGUUAGAUAAUUGACAUAAUUGUAUGUGUAUUGUGUAAGUAAAAAUAUAUUGUUUAUUUACUGAUAUUACAUGUCAUUUUCAUAAAUUAAAUAAAAAUUGCUUUUAAAUAUAAA